CUCGAGCAUGAUUUUAACUUGCUUGUUAUUUUCAUUUAGUUAAAAUUGAUUUAAAUUUGAUUAAAACCCACCAAAUAAAACGCAACUUUAUUCAUUAGUGUAUCAGCCGUCCGGAACAACUGAAUUGCCAUGUCGGAAAGGCCAUCACGACGACCUAAGGGGGAGAAAUUUCGGCUCACCGUACCGCUCGACGCGGAUCCAGAGCAGGACUUGGAGCUGGUUCCGGUGGAUGAAACCACGCAGGAUACUGACAAUUUUGCCGCCACUGGAGAUAAUGUUGAGCCCGAUUUGGUCCAAACCCACGAUGGACGGUUGAUCAUCGAAAUGAAAGCGGCUCGAACUUGUUUAAUAUGCAACACGAAAUUUCCAACGGCCAAGAGUUUAGCAAAGCACAAACUAGUUUGCUUUUGUAAAGAAGAGGUAUUUAAAGAUGUACUACAAAAGGAGAAAGCUGCUGCAAUGGUUGCCCAGCCCGGCGAGGAGUUUUUCAAAUACUGCAAUCCAACUCCUGAGAACCCAUGCUACUGUUGCGGUGAGGACAAAUCUACGGCCCAUGUGGGCCACAUGCAGUGCAAAUUUUGCCCUAAAUCGUUCAAAGCUUUUGAGUAUAUGGAAAAACAUCUUGCUUCCGUGCAUGCGGAAAGCGACGCCUUUGCCUGUGCCCAAUGUAAUGCACGAUGUUCGUCGGCAGCCGUUCUGGAGGGUCACAUGGAAACGCAUAGCGAAGGAAAACCUUUUUCGUGCCUCAAGUGUGGCAAAGAUUUCACCCGUAAAUACCAUCUCGAUCGUCAUUUGAAUCAUUCGAGCUGUGGAGAUAUCCCGAAGCAAACGUUGCCCUGUGAAGUGUGCGGCAAAGAGUUUACACGCCUCGAUAAUUUGCGGGAACACCUGCGCUUCCAUAUGGGUCAAAGUUCACGUAGACGUGACUACCAAUGUCCGUACUGUCCAAAAUCAUUCUAUGGGUCAUCGUUGUUAAACAUUCACAUUCGCACACACACCGGCGAAAAGCCGUUUCCAUGCGAUCUAUGCAACAAAUCAUUUCCAUCCACUGGGGCGUUGAGAAAGCAUCGAAGAUGUCAUACCGGCGAGCGUCCAUAUCGCUGUGAUCAGUGUUCGGGUACAUUUUCUGCUCGGGAAACCCUGAACAGACAUCGCAAAACGCAUACAGGAGAAAGGCCACAUCAUUGUACAAUGUGUGACAAACGAUUCAUCCAGGCUACGCAAUUGCGUGCGCACAUGUUUAACCACACCGGAGAAAAUGGAUUCGCGUGCAUUCAGUGCGAUGCAGCCUUCGGUCGAAAAGCGAGGCUUGAAGAACACAUUCGUUUUGUGCACAAUAGUGAGGAACGCAUUACUUGCGACGUUUGCAACAAAGGAUUUUUACGUUACGACGAUCUCAAGCGACACUCGGUUACUCACAAUAAGGUUAAAAAACACGCUUGUGAUAAGUGUGGGAAAAAAUUCAUGACUAAACACGCUGUGAAACUUCAUGACAGAAUCCAUGAAAUUGAAGACCCAGUUGAUUGUAAUAUAUGCGGCCAUCAAUUUUUACGGCACGAUUGUUUGGUCCGACACAUCAGGUCGAAGCAUACAGGUAAAAAUCCUGUAAAGAUUGAAAAAACUGCAACCGAAAAGGCUCCGCCACCUCCUCUGCAGAGGGGAGAAGAGGUACUGGAAAUCGGUGGAGAAGUCUACCAAAUUACUCCAGUUGACAACAUUCAAAUCGUGCAGAUUACGCCGCAAUCAACCGCGACGGAGAUGCAGGACAAUGGUACACGAGUGGAAAUUCUGGAAGUGGUCGAAAUGGAUCCUCCAAAUGAAAAACUUGAAGCAAUUUCGGUUAAGCAAAAACCAAAAACCAAGACUGAAGUGAAAUGCACGACCAUUACAGCAUCGAAGUCUCCACAGCAACCUGAAACAGCAGCUUCGAAGAAACAAGAAACCGAUCCAGUUACAUCCCAGAAAAAAGUAGUCCAUGCGCCGAAGAAACGCCUUCGAGCGUCAAAUCCCAUCCCGUCCAAAAAAAUCAAGAUCGAAGAGCAAGACAAUUGUAUGCCAAUCUUCCUCAGUGAUACGGUACUGAAGGAUAAAGUCGCCGAGCUUCUCUGCCUGCUGAUUGAUGAGGACACGCUAGCGGAAUUCGGCUGGCCAACGGCACCGGUUGACGAAGUUCUCGUUAAAGUUAUCAUACAAUGUGGUUCCAAGCCGGCCAGCGAUACCGAUAGUGGGGACUGCACGACACGGCUGCGCGAGAAUACGAAAAUUUUGUUUUCGUUAACCAUGGACGAUGAUAACAUAAAAACCUUGCUCAACAAUCAUACGGUCGAUGAAGUAAUUAUGGAUGUUCUUAAAAAUAAGUAAUCUAAACGAAGUAGAUCCGUAGCAAUGGUAAACUUGUUACGGUUUUCGCAAGUGCAAUUAAUGGAAAAACGCCUCCCAGGAGUGGCCUACACAAUUUGUUAUCAAACGUAACGUUAUACGAAUCAGAAGUUUUACUGAAAAUUGAUUAUCUAUAUUGGACAUUGGUGGAAGUAAGUUUGAUAAAACCUUAAAAGGUUAAAUUGAUGUGAUUUUAAUUCACAAGAGGAGUAAACAUUUGUACU